AUGGUAGGAAAGAAGAAGCGCGGUCAUCCCGAUAUCGAGGAGUUAUUGGCUCGUCCUUGGUGUUAUUACUGUGAGCGCGAUUUCGAUGAUUUGAAAAUCCUCAUCUCUCAUCAAAAGGCGAAGCAUUUCAAAUGCGAAAGAUGUGGUCGACGAUUGAACACUGCUGGAGGACUCUCCGUUCAUAUGAACCAAGUACAUAAAGAAACUCUGGCAAGUGUCGACAAUUCUCUUCCGAAUAGACAGGGUCUCGAGGUUGAAAUCUUUGGUAUGGAAGGUAUUCCGGAAGAUGUGGUUCAAGCACAUAAUCAGCGCAUAAUUGCAGGUUUCUAUCAAGCGGAACAAGAUCGUCGUGCCGCUACUGGAAACCCUGCUCCAGGGACCACCAAUGCCAAUGGUGGUCAAUCGAAAAAGCCCAAGGUUGAGUCACCGGCAGAGUUGAAGAAAAGGUUAGCAGAGCACAAAGCUCGAAAAGCUGAACAAGCAGCAAAUGGUAGUAGUGGUGCAAAUACACCUUUAGAUGGUGGUAUUCACAGUGCUGCAAGUCCUUUGAAGACGACGCAAAGCCCUGGUGCAUUCAAUAACUCGCCAUUCCCUACUCCUCAAAAUUCUUAUGGUGCUACACAAGGUGCGGGUUAUGGAUCAUUUUCUCAAGAACCGUACAGUCAACCUGCGGCAGCUUACCAACAGCCAUAUAACCAGCAGCCGCCAUUUCCCGGACCUCCUGGUCCACCGUUUCAACCUCAAUUUUCCCCUACGCAAUAUACACCUAAUGUUUAUCAGCCGUCCCCAUUCGGCGCAGGUUCCCCUCCUCCAGGGCCCUUCAACGGGUAUCAGCCGCCACCGUCUCACACUCCACCUACACAUGGUGGUCUUCCCAAUCGACCCCCAAGUCUACCAGCAGCACCUGGUCUACCUCAAAGGCCAUCCUUUGGUGCACCGCCAGUUCCAUCAUAUCAAAUGCAACAGAUUCAUCAGAAAGGUGGAUGGAAUGGUAAUGGAUGGAAUGGACAAGAUCAAAAUUCAGCUAUGUCAUCAGCUUAUCCUCAUCCUCCAGGCCUUAAUGUGGAACAUUCGACUAACGCAUCUACUGUGGAUGACCUUGUUUCAGGCGCUGCCAGAGAUGCUGAUGAUGACAUUGACAAGAUAAUCAGAAUGGCAGAGGCAGGUAUUAAACCACCGAAGAGAGACUCAGUCGAUCCAUUUAAAACCGAAACUUCAGAAGCAGCCGCUGCUCCUGAAAGUGCCGACAAAUCAGAGCAAAAAUCAGAAGGAAAGACCGACGUCGCCGAGAAGAAGUCGAAGAAAGAUAAGCCAAUGAAGAUGAUAUACUCAGAUAAUGAUGUCAGUCCGGAGGAGAAGAUGGCGAAGAUGCCCAGGUACGCAUUUGUCCCAGAUGGAAAGAAUGAAACGUCCCUUGAGGAAUCUGUUGCUGCCGUUACUGUCAACAAUUGA